GACUCGAUAAGUAGAAUCUGACAAUCGCCUUAUUUACGAUUCCCUGUGACUCUUCUCUCCCCUCCACAGGACCUAUCGCGACAAACCUCUGCGACCUUUCUAUUGCGAGUUGAGCUCAUCCUUGAGCUCCUCCGCUGGCGAGCAGGAAACUGCCCCAGCUAACUUGCUAGCACCACCCUAUGCCCGGUUCGUCCACCCGCGACACCUCCCCGGCCUCGUCCUCCUCCGUGGGGAGGAAGAGUCGUAGUAAACGAAAACAGAAGCUUACUGGAAGUGAUGCGCUAGGUUCAAAGAAGAAGGAUAAGAAUGUUAAAGAAAGCGGCGGGGUUGUCGCAGCGGUGACGAGACAUGGAGCUAAAUUCACUAAUGGCAGUAUCGCCAAAGAUGCGUCGCCGCCAUUCGACUCCCCCCUGGCCCAGUCUCCCGAGCUGAAACCCGCCACUCCCGCAUCGAUCCCUACGAACGGCAAUGUGGCGGUCUCUCCUCUGCUGGACGCGGUCUCGACAACAUCGGUAUCCGCUAGCACAGCGCCGAGCGCUACCGAAUGGGCGAGGGCGAUGGGUCCUUUUGCUGGAUCACCCUCGAACCUGAUAAGCAUCAUGGGCGACUCUCCACCCACCCAGCCCUCCUCUUAUGAGGACCAGCGGGCGUUACCGUAUGCUUGGAGUGCGCAGCAACGACAUCACUUUGUGAAUAACAACACUUAUUCAGCGUCCCCCCCAAAUGGCAUCAGGCGACCUUUGAGCUUCCAGUUGGAGUCGCACUACCCUACGAACGAUAUCCGUUCCCAAGCGUCGUCGCCUCCCGAGGUGCGGAGAAGCUCCAUGCACUCUCCGUUUCCCGCCCCGCGAAUCGGGUCUCACCCGCCGUUACCUCACCAGCCUCAGGCCCACUUCUAUGGAGCUCCCGACAUCGACUUUGAUCUAAAUGCUAAGGCUGGCUUGAAGCCUGGUGAGAGGGGUUUCUACUUUGGCUUCGACACUCUUCCGACCUCUGAUGGGGUUCACGUGCCGGGCGGUGAUAAUGUUGUGCUUGCAGGCUACGAAGGCGGCAUCGACAUCUACAGCGUUGCAAAGCAUGCUGUCGAGCCACUCGCAAGUUUGAAAGGGUUGCGAGGUGGAGUUUAUAAUGCCAAGAUUCUCCCUUGGAAUGACGUCCAAGAUCCACAUGGGAUAUUCCCUCUGAUUGCUCUUGUUAUCCAUGGGCCAGUAAUACCUCCGAGUGCUCCCGAGAUAGCCGUCGAUCCACGUCCUGAUGGAUCCCUCAGUCCUAGAUUAGAGGGCAUCCAUACACCUCAGCCGGACGGUAACCAGCGGCAGGUUAAUGUUGGAAAGACGCUGCCGGUGGUCGAUGCCUACCAAACUACCGUCGAGGUGUAUUCUUUGUCAUCGAACAGACUAGUCGACGUACUUCUGCAAGCUCCGAAGACCCCCAUCAAGACUUCGGUAUCGAAUCCGAUUUUCCGAAGCCCUCCUCCAGCCGGCGCCUUUCAGAUCCGCGCUGAUGCCGGGAGCGUCGUCGUGUCUUCCGGGGCUACUGGAGAAUGCUGGAUUUACCGGCAGGCGAAAUUUGAACAAGACCCUCGGUAUCGGUUCUGUUGUGUAGGCAAAUUGUGGACAAGCUUGAAUGGAGGCUCGACGCCCGAACAGGAGAGGAGUACGGACCAGCUUCCGACCGGCAAGCGGCCGCAGAUGCCCAUCAUAUCGCUUAGCGGCAGAUGGUUGGCAUACUGCCCACCGGCGCCGUCGCCUCAAAAGUCGCUCAAUCCGUCCGUCCCAGUGCCUCUGGAAGGCAAAGUACCCGGCUUGACAACGCUUGCCCCCCCAAUCCUGCCAAAUGAAAGCACUGAUGUCGACCAGCCUAUGCCUGAUGGUGUGGUGAAUCGCAUUAUGAGGGAGACCACCCAAGACUUACUCCAAGGGGCUCGAUGGGUCGGGAAGCAGUCAGCUCAACUAUGGAAGAAUUACUGGUCGAAGCCUGGUCAACAAGCGCAGCCUCGACAACCUCAGAUGGGAUCCCCUCCGUGGAGCGGCGGGUAUUCAGGAAGAUCAGACGCUGCUCAGUUCCCACCAACCUACGGGAUACCGGGUCAAGCAGUGACUAAGGAACCAGGUCUUGUGUCAAUUUUGGACUUACAAAGUCUCACAAACUCGACCACAAUACACCACGUUACUACGUUCAAGGCGCCUCUUGGCUGCAGCUUUCUAUCCUUCUCGCCGGCUGGGUUAUCUCUCUUCACCGCGAGUAGCAAGGGCGAUGUCCAGACAGUGUGGGACCUGAUGCGUAUUCAAUAUACGAAAUCCUCCGCCUUGCAGAAUUCGCAACCGAAUAACGGACACACAACGCGAGUAAGGCAAGUGGCGCAGUUUUCGCGAAUGACCGUCGCCCGGAUUGUCGACGUCUCGUGGGCCAAGCCAAACGGAGAGCGAGCCGCGAUGGUGACCGAGAGGGGUACCGUACAUUUACUGGAUAUGCCGUCGAGUGCUUACGCAUGGCCUCCCCCCCGCCGUCGGGUACGAAUUGAGGAUGGAUCACCCAAAGGCUCUGAAAAUGCGCAAUCAGCUGUCUCGCUGGCGUCGAACGCCAUCAGUUCCGCUUACGGCGCUACCCGGACCUUGACCUCCCGCCACCAGCGCAGCAUCUCAAACUCGCAAACCGCAUCCACUAUAAUGGACCGUGCCGGUUACGGGGGCAAGGUGCUUGCUGCAGGAAUUAGUCAUUCUCUGGGCAAUGCUGGGACAGCCAUCAACCAACUACGUCAUACUGGCGAGAAUCGUGUGAGCCUCCCACCGGGAAGCAUGUCUCCUGGUCCAUUCUGCGCAACUUGGAUUACCGGCAAGAAAUAUCAUACCUUAUUCGUGCUAGGAGAUGGCUUAGUGAGGACUUUUCCCGGUAAAAGCCGAAGACCAACAAUCGGAAAAGACAAGCCUCGUUUGCAUCAUAGCAAUAGAUACAGGGAUUUCAAGCUGAGGAGCCUCCCAGAUGAUCUCAUCGCGCCUUCUAUCAAACAGAUCAUCGAUCCUAUUGAAGAUCUGGACAUUACCAACCAGGACCAUGAGGGCGGUAACACGUUGAUUUUCAAUCCUCGUCCCCAAUCUGUCGAUUCCGACUAUAGCCCGGAGGCCUCUAUCCCGCAAGCUGAGAUAGAGUCUAGCGCGCCCUACCAGCCAUUCCACACCGACAGAAGGGUGGGCCUAUACGUAUAUGCGGAUGACAUGGCGGCGUCCGUGUCUCGUCUCUUAGCCGCCACAACAUUGGAAGACAAACCGAGAAAGGCUGAUCGUCGCCACGCUCCGGUCACGUCGGAGCAGCCUUGGGCAUUUGGGCAACCCGUGAGCGGGGUUAUCGUGAAUGCGGGAUUGGCGAAUUUUAUCGACGAGGAUAUUAGCAGCAGCAUCGACGAUCACCGAGCUUUGCCUGCGUCGGCUAUGGAACGGGUAUUGCAAGUCGGCGAGCACGAUGAACAGAUCGUUGUCACUACCAGACGGCGUAGGGGUGGAAACAGAUCUGCAGAUGUUGAUGAAGAUGGAUUCUUCGAGGACGAUUGCGAAGUUCUUGAUUUUGCGGACCAGAGAGUUUGAGACAAAUGCCGAAUUUUGAGUUGACUCUGGGUUGCUGGAAUAGGCGUCUUGGUUCAACACGGAGUUGGAUGCUCAGACUGCGCAAACGUCAGCAAGAGGCCGCGAGCAAGGCUCUCUUGCGACUAGACAUCCUAUAGGACCCUC